CUCUCACCCAAAACUUUAUUCACAGUGCUGGCUGAACUGUAAGGGAUCUAAUCUAUCUCAUACACUGAAAAAACUGCGCUAUUUUCUUUGAUUCUGCGAAGAAAUCCAAUCAAACCAAAUGCUUCUUCUACAAAGCGCCAUCCAAACCCUACCCUCUUCUUGCUUCAAGCAUCACACUGCUUUUCUGCUGCCAAAGUCUUUGUUUCCCAGUCUUGAUUUGAGGUUUCAUUUGGGCAGCAGUCCCAGAAAGGCCUCAAUUUUUACUGCCAAAACAACAACUCGGGCCACUCUGUUUGAGACCCCAGUGUUGUGGGCUGGAAGAGUUGCCAUCUUCUAUGCCCUCCUCAAAGCUGGCUUGGCUGGAUCUCCUUCUAACCCCAUUCUUUCAGAUUUUGAGAAUGCUGAGGCUGAUGAUUUGGGUCUUGCUAAUUGGUUUGAUCAGUUCAAAAGAAAUCCAGAUAGGGAAGCUGCUGACAGAAGGAAAUUAGUAAGCAAAUGGCAUCCAACAACUAAGGGGACCCUCAGACGCAAUUACCGGAUCCCAUCAAAAUCUGAAGGGAAACGCCUUCUCAGAGCCGUUGCUUCCUUACUAUCAGAUGAUGACCAUUUUAGAGAUGCCACUUCUCACAAGGGUUGUCAGAUAAGGAGGGAGAGUGCUCACGGAGAAAGCGUGUGUUGCAAUAACGUGAGAGCUCUGUUCGAUGAGCUCCCAACCCCGCACCUAAUUGUAGAGAUCACGCCUUUCCCUGCUGGACCUCUAACAGAAAACGACUAUACCAAAGCCGAGAAAGUGGAGAGGGUCCUGAGAUCCGGCCCUUCUGUUUGAAGAACAACCACUGUGUUAAAACUCUUUGGUGUGUACUGUUCAUUUGAAUCACUCUGUAUAUAUCCAUAUCUAGCAUCAAAACCCUUUAACCAGUAUACAAUUUGGGGAUGUUAACUAUCUUUACCAAUUACCAUGAUGCAUCACAUCAAUUCCUAGUUUUCUGUUGU